AUGGCGAAGGAGAUGAAGUCACUGAAGUCCCCGUCGCCUAUUAAAAGACACGUCAAUCCCAGAGGGUCUAUUAAAGUGCUUAAGCAACUACGUAUUGUCAGAUUACAAAAUGGUCAUGCCUAUGGUAGAGCCGCCAAGCAGAGUCCUGUACGGCCAGCACCAUCAUCCCACGAAUUUUCGCUGAUGCACCAAAGCCCCGCACUGGGCGAAAAUUUAACAGCGCCCCACCAAAGAACGAGAGUCGGCUCCAACCCCCGCUGGCCCCCGGGCAACCCACGCUUAGCAAAGGAUAUUAUCAUAUUAGAAACGAAAGCCCCUCAGACACCUGAGGGACCCUGA